CUGGUCUACCCGGCAGCAGUCAACAAUCUGUUUUCAGCGCUAGACAAGAUAGGAAGUAGGGGUUGGAAUCGGGAAGAUAUUUGAUUUGCCAAAUCUCACACCGCGGUCAAAAUGAUCUCUCUAACAGAUUCUCAGAAAAUCGGGAUGGGGCUGACGGGAUUUGGGGUGUUUUUCCUCUUCUUUGGGAUGAUGCUGUUUUUCGAUAAAGCCCUUCUCGCCAUCGGGAACAUUCUGUUUGUCACUGGCCUGUCCUUCGUCAUCGGCCUGGAGCGCACGUUCAGAUUCUUCUUCCAGCGACAUAAAGUGAAAGCCUCAAGCUUCUUCCUCGGAGGGAUUAUUGUGGUUUUGAUUGGCUGGCCGAUCAUUGGGAUGGUCCUGGAGUUCUAUGGCUUUUUCCUCUUAUUCCGGGGCUUUUUCCCAGUGGCGAUAGGGUUCAUCAGGCGGAUUCCAAUGCUUGGCUCCUUGCUCAAUUUACCAGGGAUCAGUAAUCUGGUGGACAAAGUUGGCGAGAGCAACAAUAUGGUAUAACGACAGGUCGCCGAUUGCUUCUGCUGCUGAUGUGACCCUCCACUUCCUGGUCAGCGCCGCCGCCGCUUAGCAAAACGUCCAGACGUUGAACCUAAACAUCUUACUGCACAAACGAUGGAAAAGUUCCUUUGGACAUUUGACUGAAGUCGUGGCGUUUCCUUGAUUAAAAGGAAAUGAAUUUUUAACUCGCCGAUAUUGGACAGUGUUGUGAAAAGAUUUUUAUUAUAAAGGCCUGAAGCAGGCCUGUCUUUGUGUGUAUCGUUGCCUCUUUUUAUCCACUGAUAAUGACGGACAUGUUGGGACCAACCACUGGAUUUGUUGCACUUGUUUUUCUUUUUUUGGACUCCUCAGCAGAGAAGUCAUGAGCCUGUCAAAUCUGCCCGUUUCCUUAUUGCUUGCCUGUGCAGUCACAGAGAGUGUUCUUCGGGUCCUCAAUGAAGUGCGGCUGGGAUUUGUGCCGUUGUUAAAACAUUUAACAACCCUGUAAACUCGCCAAUCAGACAAGCUUCACGAAGUGAUCGCAUCGAUUUUUUUGUUCUGGAGAGUGGCUCUUCCCGACCUGGCAACGAUAGCCGUUUCGAAAGGCGUGGUUUUCAAAAGUGAACGGUUCAGUCAUAGUUUUAGUUGGCCGUACGAAGGGGGCGCUGUAGUCGGGACUCGGAAAGGUAAACUGCGGCGGUGAGCACUUUUUUAGUUUUUUUUUUUUUUGAGGAAGAGAUGAUCACAGACCAAGUAGCAACACGACUUAAACACUUUUGGUAAUGCGCAAACAUGUGUGUGAAAGAUAGAUUGAUUCUUUAUUGUCCUAACUGAGGAAAUGUGUGGCCACACUAUGUAAACUGAAAUAUAAGUUUACCGUCAUACAUAUUUACAUAUAUCUACCUCCAUACAGUUGGACAUGUUAUACAAGUGCUACCACAUACUACUACGUGCAAAUGUACAUUACAUUUAAUGGAACAUGGGUACAAAGUAAUGGACAGACUAUAGCUGGUGUACUUUAUUUAAAGUCGCUAUGGCAGAAGGGACAAAACUUCUGCCUACCCAACCCUUUUUUCCAGCUUAUUGACCUGGCUCUACCAUCGGAUGGGAGAAAAGUGAAGCAUGGAUGGAGGGGGGUGUCCUGGGUAGAGGGAUUUCUUGAGUAUUUUGCAUGUGAUGAUUGUGCUGUCAGGUUCGGCGGUGCUUCCCAAAUCUUGAAUCGAUCUCUAAAGCGUUGAUUGGACCCGUCCACUUUUUGAGCAGGCCGGCCUUUCUGAAAUCACUCUCGAUGAAACGGGGGGGCCCGAGAAAGCUCGAUUCGAUCAUUUUCUGCCAGUCCGGCUACCAGAGGUACACAACAGUAUCCAGGGCAAGGACAUAGAUGUGUUGUUAUGGCGAUCCAUGGGCGAUGUUACUGUAUCACUCAGAUGAAAACUGGUCUCAUCACAACGCCAUCCGUCUCUUUCUAUUUAAAUAUGUCAGAGGGGCUCUUCAGAGAUGUUUUAUACUCUGUAACUUUUCUAAAUA